GAAAAAAACGGUUUCGCUGCUGAAAGCUGUUGCGCUUUUUUUCUAGGAACUGCUUCAUGUAAAGCUGUCGAAUCUUGAGAGUCCACCCGAAUUAGCUGUGUAAUAGGGGAUGCUGGGUGUGUCAGAAAUGACGGGCAGCAAUAUGGCUAAUGCCCUGGCGAAUGCCGCAUGUGAACGUUGCAAGAGUGGCUUUGCCCCAGCAGAAAAGAUCGUCAAUAGUAACGGCGAGUUGUACCAUGAGCAGUGCUUUGUGUGUGCCCAAUGCUUUCAGCAGUUUCCAGAGGGGCUCUUCUAUGAGUUUGAAGGCCGGAAGUACUGCGAGCAUGAUUUUCAAAUGCUUUUUGCCCCCUGCUGUCACCAGUGUGGUGAGUUCAUCAUCGGGCGUGUGAUUAAAGCUAUGAACAACAGCUGGCACCCUGACUGCUUCUGCUGUGACAUUUGUCAGGCUGUCUUGGCUGACGUUGGAUUUGUCAAAAAUGCAGGCCGUCAUCUGUGUCGUCCGUGUCAUAAUCGGGAGAAGGCUCGAGGUCUGGGAAAAUACAUCUGUCAGAAGUGCCAUGCCAUCAUUGACGAGCAGCCACUCAUCUUUAAGAAUGACCCCUACCAUCCGGACCACUUCAACUGCAGCAACUGCGGUAAGGAACUGACUUCAGAUGCUCGUGAGCUGAAAGGAGAGCUCUACUGUCUGCCUUGCCAUGACAAAAUGGGCGUGCCCAUCUGUGGAGCUUGCAGAAGACCUAUCGAAGGCCGUGUGGUCAAUGCCAUGGGCAAGCAGUGGCAUGUUGAGCAUUUUGUGUGUGCCAAGUGUGAGAAACCCUUCCUGGGUCAUCGGCAUUAUGAGAGGAAAGGCCUGGCCUACUGUGAGACUCACUACAACCAGCUUUUUGGUGAUGUCUGCUACCACUGCAACAGAGUGAUCGAAGGAGAUGUUGUGUCUGCACUGAACAAAGCCUGGUGUGUUAACUGCUUCUCCUGCUCCACCUGCAACACCAAGCUCACUCUCAAGAACAAGUUUGUGGAGUUUGACAUGAAGCCCGUGUGUAAGAAGUGUUAUGAGAAGUUUCCGUUAGAGCUGAAGAAGAGACUGAAGAAGCUGGCUGAAACCUUGGGUCGCAAGUAGAUCUCCACAUCCACAGGGGCCACCUGAGAUUUAAAAAAAUGCACCCCAUGCAUUUCUGUAGCCUUAAUAUGCUUUUGCAAUACUACUCAUCGGUUUACAGUACUGCCCUUUAGACUUAACUGUACUAGCUCAUUCAGCGCUAUUAUACACAGGAUAUUACAAUGAAUUAAAAUGAAUACGAGAAAAGUAUCUUAAACUCUAGUACAGUCUUAACAUACUGUGUGCUCCCAUUGUCCUAUGGGUACAAAAUGACCUGCCUUCACUAAACUUCUAAAAUAAAGUAGCGUAAUUGAAUUUCAAACCACUGAUCUAUUUUGCAUAAAAAACAUAAUUCGUCACAAAGUUGGUGAAUAUUUGGGGUCAAAAAAAGGACAAUUUGUUUGAUGAUAAAUGUAGUUUUCCCUUAAGACAAUACAAGGGUUAAGUCUCACUGUUUUUGAAACCAAAAGAUUUUGUACUUGUUAUAAAUGUAUUUAAACUACUUUUAUUUAGUAUAUAUAAAACAAACGCUAUAAAUAACAGAAUUACAUGCAUACAAAAAGACACCUGAAUUCAGCCCAGCAAUCAGUUUUUAUGUUUGGACAUAACACAACACAGUGUCAGGACGACAUAUAUGUUGCUGCAUCUUAAACUGCAGAGUACUAACUAAGCAAAAUCAAUUACUGAUGCUAAUUUUAAUAUCUUAUUUUCUCAAGGGCAGAUAUGCAAUAUAAAUGAAAUAUAAUUAGUUUGGCUCUGGGAUUUCUGCACCACAGAAUACAAGGAUAGACAUUACCAAAAUCUAUUUGUGACACUGCAUGCAAAGCAUGGCCAGUAAAGGCGGAUUGGUUCUCUAGCUUGGUAGAACUACUGGAAGAAAUGAUGAAGUCGAUUAAGUCCGGAUUGUUCAACAUUGUUCUUCUUCAAAACUUGGCUGCAUAGUGCCGAUCACAAACACUGUCGUCACUUCGUUCAGUCAGUGGGCUUCAACCACGCUCGCACACCUGAGCACUUUGGUUCUGAUGUUUAUUACUGACGAGUAAAGCUAUCUAAACGUAUGUUACACUUUUAUAUCAGAAAUGUUCUGCCGUGUGCUGCAAGUGAUGCUUUAUAUUGGAUCCUGAAAUCAAAUUUGUUUGCCAUGUAUAAGUGACAUCAUUGCUGCUUUCUAAAUCAGUACAUUUUUAUGCAGUAUUGUGUUGUUUAAGAUGCAGCCGCUGUCUGUCUUUUAAUUAAAAAGGAACAUAAAACAGUGGGUAGUAUAACAUUAAAAGCUACCACAUAAAUAUUAAGCAGUUAAAAGACUUCACCAGAAUACUAAAUUACUUUUGUUUAUAAUUAUUAUUAAAUUAAUUGGUUGGAUUUUUGCCAAAAUUAGAGUAUAUUAUUAUUUUGUGUGCAUGUAAACAAAAGUGUCACAUUUAAAUUCAUAUGUUUUCUUUGCCCCAUAGAAAUGCAUAACGGUUUAAAUGACUUUAUUAAUGGAAUAUUUCACUGAAUAGUUUAAGAUGCUUGGCAUAAUUAUAUUUUGUAAUAGUAAAUGCACAGUAUGCUUAAUGUAUAAGAGACUGUGGUAUUGAGUUAGAAAAGUCACGUUUUGCUGUUUACGUACAUUGAAAAAAACAAAACAAAAUAAAACUUUUUUUAUUUGACACUUUGACAACACCACUGAAUAUAAUCUAACACUGUGCUGAUAUAAUCAUGCCUUAUUCACUUUUUUGUAAAAGGUUGCUGUAGUUAACAUUUAUGCUUUUGAAAAAUGUACACUUUUUUUAUACUGUGGCGCUAAUUACUUCUUUUAACCUACUCAAACUGUAUUUAAAUGUCAGUGGUGCUAUUGCCCGGCCGGGCGUCUACACAGACAUAACUGGCUAUGUCUGUGGGUGACCGAAGCCCUGUGAUUGAUUGUCACCCUGUCCAGGGUACUCCUGCCUUGCGCCCAUCUUUAUCCUGGUCAUGGUUGCAGGGAGUCUGAUUUCACUCCUAAGUUUUAUACCCUGACCAAAAAUAACUUGACAAGUGUAUUCCUGAUGCAUAUUAGUGUUAUUCUGUGCCUGUAUUGAAUGAUAGCCAUAUAUUAUAAAAGUGUUAGAUUGUGCAUUGUUGAAUGAAGUUAUUAUUUGUGCAGCUGAAAGAUUAUAUGGUACACUCACUCUGCAAUCAAUUGUAUUGUCCACUUGCUACAUGCAUAUUUUAUAUGAAUUAUAUUAAAGGGAACACUUCUAUUAUGUUUUGAGAUUUAGUUGAGCAUUACAGAACUUCUUAGAACAAAACAUUCUGUAUGCUACUGUGUGUAAAAGCAAUAGAAAUUGUGCUGCAAGUAAGAGUCCAUGUUCAUAUGUUGUAGACUUUGGGUUAAGAAAUGGAAGCAGAAAAUUGUAGUAGUACCCCUUUUAUUACUGCAAUUUAAAUUUACUUAUUAAUCUAUUUGACAUCAUCCAACAGAUUACAUUAAACAUAAACAAACCCAAUGGCCAGAUUUACAUAUACUACAUUUGCAUGGUGGAAGUGGCAGAAAGCAUCUUGGCUUUUUAUCUUGAAAUCCUUCACACUGCAAGCCUAAGAGGUACAGUGUAGCAUCCUGAGAAUCAAAUUUGACAGAUUGUUGCUCACGUCGUUCAGCAAAAUGUAGUAAAAACCACAGGGAGGACCAAUAAAAGCAAACCAAAAACUAAUGUUAGUGAAUUCUAAAGACUUGAAAUGAGUGCAUUAUAGUAAUUUGCAUUAGCAGCAAAAUUGGACAUCACAAUGGAAAUUAUAAAGGUGGACACUGCUGUGAUACUGAGAUUUAGUUCACCAUCUGAAUCUGUGUAAGGAUUUAACACGAAGAGACAAGGCAUGAAAUGGUGUUGCUAGGCUGUUUGUGCAGGUGGUACAACAGCAUUUCUUUAUCAGGCUUAUAUUCUGUCUGAUCAUAUACAGUUCUAUCUAAAAGUCCCAACUUCUGAUACUUAGCUGCUUAAAGAAACCCAUGGUUCCUGAGUGUUCACAGGUUUUGAAGAGACAAACGGUAUUACUAUUAUUAAAUCCCAAAUAAAAUUAACUUGCCUAACAACUCUUUAUGUUUAUUUAAUACAAUCUUUGCAUUAUAAUUGCAGAAAAUCACUGAAUCUCUUAUUUGCUUUGUAUUGUUUUAUUGCAUAUGGUAUGUACUGACUGAUGCUUUGAUCACAAAUAAAGCUUGCAAUCACAA